AUGGAGGAUGAAAUCUUGGUUUUUAGUUCUUACGUGGAUGAUUUUGAUUAUUUCAACGAACUCAAAGAUUUAUACAAUUUUUCAUCCAUAUACAACUUUUGUCCAGAGUUUACUAAUUCAUUUCUGGCAAAAGAAUAUUAUACGACUGAAAAAAGUUGGUACUGUGUUAUUAACAAUCGGACACACUUUGUUGUAUUUAUUAAACGUAAAUUUAUGAGACGAAGACUUCACUAUUAUACAAAUUGUCAGUCGACUUUUAACCCUACCGUACUGUCUGCGUAUUUAAUAAUGUGCGGUGACAUCCACCCUAAUCCAGGACCAACAUCUACAAACACUUCUGUAAACGGAAAUUCGUCUCGUAGCAAUAACUGUGCUUCGCGUGAACGACAACCCGGGGACAAACAGUCAAACUUGUUCUGUGUGCAUAUGAAUGCCAGGAGUUUGAAAAAGAAUAUCAACACGCAAGGAAAUUUAUUUAUUUCUAACCUGAUUAAGUUUCAAGAGAUGGUAUAUUCGGAAUCGGUUGAUAUAAUGUUUGUGACUGAAACCUGGCUCAACAGCAAUGUUACAAGUAAAGAAAUUUUACCUAAUGGAUACAAUAUAUACAGAUCAGACCGGUCGCUGGGACGAACCGGAGGAGGAACACUGAUAGCUAUCAAACACGGUAUUUUCAUCAGCUGCAGUCAGAUUACUUCCAUUGCUACUACGAAUUUGGAGGCAGUUGCUAUUCAAUGUACCCUACCCAACCACGCAAAAUGGCUUCUUGUGUGCUGUUAUAGACCACCUGAUAGUAACGAUAUGUCUGAUCUUAGAUCCUUUGCUGAUAACCUAUUUCCUAGUUACGACAAGAUUAUUAUUGCCGGGGAUUUUAACCUCCCAAAUAUCUCCUGGACAGAUGGUUACUAUACAUCGUUUGGUUCAUUGAGUCAGAAUUUCUGCGAUAUUUUGGACGAUUACUUCAUGUCCCAACUUUGCCUUACGCCUACGAGAGAAUCAAAUAUUCUGGAUCUACUGAUUACAAACCAACCUGAACAAGUAUCAUUUAUAGACAUCUGCUCUCCAAUGGAUUUAGGAAUGUCUUCUGAUCAUAAAAUUAUGCAGUUUAAAUUUUCCUCCGCAUCUAAAACCAUUCAAUCUAAUAAACGUUUGGUCUACGAUUACAGACGAGCCAACUUUGACGGCCUGCGAAAACGUUUAAUAGACAUAGACAUUUGUUCUCUUGUAACAAAUAAUGGAACGGAAUCUAGUGUUGAUGAUGACUGGUCAACUUGGAAGGACGCCGUGAUGUCUGCUGUGCAUGAAUUUAUCCCUUCCAAAUAUGUGGACCCUCGUCGCUCACCACCUUGGAUAACACCUACCAUCUUGCAUCAUAUUCGUAAAAAGGUUACUGCCCGUAAGAGAUUCCUUAGCCGUGGAACUGAUUAUCUUAAGGCGAAGUUUAACAAACUGAGAGCUGAAGUUAAAAAAAUUAUUCAAAAUAGCAGAGAGUCAUUUUUCUCGUCAUUAGGAAACACUAUACAAAUCAACCCAAAACGUUUUUGGUCGGUUUUCAAAAUCAAGUCAAGUUCUGGAAAUAUACCCAACUCCGUCACAAGGUCGGAUACCAACAAUCCUGGGACUAGAUUACAUGCUAACACACCACACGACAUUGCAACAAUGUUUAACGAGUACUUUCAUUCUGUCUACACAUGUUUCUCUGACCAACCCUCGCCAUCUCAAUCUGGUUCAUCAUCUCCUUUAUCCAGCAUCUCAUCCAUUGACCUCUCUCUAGAAGAAGUAUAUCAAGCCUUACUGAACUUAGAUCCUUCUAAGGCUCAUGGUCCUGACGGGUUUCCUUCCCGCAUUUUAAAGGAAUGUGCCCUCCAAUUAGCACCUUCACUUCAUUACUUGUUUUCAAAGUCACUCCGUUUAUCGCAGUUUCCCACCGAAUGGAAAUUAGCUAAUAUAAUUCCUCUACUCAAGAAAGGAAACAAAGAUCACGUUGAAAACUACCGUCCCAUUUCUCUGUUGUGUAUCAUAAGCAAGACUCUUGAACGUUGUGUCCUCAACCAUUUAUCGCACCGUAUACAGUCCAACAUUCAUUCGGCGCAGUAUAGUUUCGUCAACGGAAGAUCAA